UUGGUGUAGUAAGACGUGCGUUUAGGUUAUAUUUAGUACUGUCAAUGUUUGUAUCAAACAAAUCGUUGUUUUACGCAGUAUUCUGUGAACCAGUGAACUAAAAUUAACUAAAGUGAAAGUGUACAAGGACAUUAAUAGUGUGCAUAAUCUAACGUUUCGCGUUAUUGUUAAAUUACAAUGUAAAUAUUAUUAAAUCGAUGUACUGGAUAUCGCUAAAGUCACAACAAAAGACAAAGUUACCUUUACAAUCAAAUACUAGAAAAAAAAUAAUAUAAAAACAGCCUGUGGUAUAAUGAGUGAACUUUUGUGUUAAAAUAAAAUAAAUAAUUAAAAAAGAAAGUGAUAAAAAUGAAAAACGAUGAGAAAGGAACCGAUUGGGAGAAGGAAAAGUUGGACCCUAAUGGAUGGGUCCGGGCUAGCCUAAGCCAGCAGCAACUGAAUGUGGUCCGGAGAGUGUACCAACAGGAGACUCUCAACAAGGAUGCUGACUAUAAACUACCCGAGAAAACAUUGGGUGAGCGAGUGAAGAAGGUGGUAAGAAACUGUGGCUUCGGGGACUGCCUCUUAAACUCCAUACCUAUAGUAAAAUGGCUGCCCAAGUACAGCUGCCAGAACUUCAUGCUGGGCGACCUGAUCGCCGGCGCCACCACUGCCGUCAUGCACAUACCACAGGGCAUGGCCUAUGCACUCCUGGCUGAAGUGCCUCCCAUAGUGGGACUGUACAUGGCUUUCUUCCCUGUCUUAAUCUAUGUGAUGCUGGGCACCUCACCCCAUGUGUCCAUGGGUACCUUCGCUGUAGCCUGUCUUAUGGCUGGAAAGGUGGUAACACAAUUUUCGACCCCAGAAGCAGUGAUUGCGAAUUCAACGAACGCUAGUAUGAAAGUUUAUUACAUUUCAGUAAUGGGUUUAGGAGCGGAUGAAGAUAUGAUGUAUAGUCCACUAGAGGUCGUGAGCGUCGUUUGUCUAUUGGUGGGGAUAUUCCAGGUCCUAAUGUGGAUGCUCCGUCUCGGCGCAGUAUCUACACUGCUAUCAGAGCCCUUGGUCUCAGGGUUCACGACGGCAGCCUCCUUCCACGUACUGGCCUCACAACUAAAGGACCUCUUUGGAGUGAAACUCGUCAAACUACCUCCUAAUUAUAAAGUUAUCGCUACGUUUAUAGAAGUAUGUAAGAAUCUCCCGAACCUGAACUGGGCGGCGUUUGUGAUAUCUUUCAUCACGUGUCUCAUCAUCGCACUUAACAAUGAAAGACUCAAGCCCUGGGUAAGCAAAAGAUCCCGUGUGCCAGUUCCUAUAGAGUUGUUGGCCAUUGUGAUCGGUACACUAGCCUCAAGGUUCGGACAUCUUCAUGAGACCUACGGCAUCAGUCUCGUUGGAAACAUACCUACUGGCCUGCCCACUCCAACAGUGCCCCCUCUAGAACUUAUGCCGGACAUUGCCAUCGACUGCUUUACAAUCACCAUGGUUACCUACACCAUUUCCAUGUCGAUGGCUCUCAUCUUCGCCUCCAAGGACAAAUAUGAAGUAGAUGCUAACCAAGAAUUAUUGGCGCUGGGUGCCAGCAACAUGUUUGCCUCCUUCUUCUGUUGUUCACCAUUCUGCGCUAGUCUGUCAAGAUCCUACAUUCAAUAUCAGGCGGGUGGCAAAACAGGUAUAACCUCAAUAGUGAGUGCUACGCUGAUCCUGUUCGUGUUGCUAUGGAUCGGUCCAUUCUUCGAGCAGUUGCCGCGCUGUGUGCUCGCCUCCAUCAUCGUCGUCUCACUCAAGGGCAUGUUCAUGCAGAUAUUUGAGCUUAAGAAGUUCUGGAUUCUAAGUAAGCUGGACGCUGUGGUGUGGUUAGUGACAUUCCUGGUCACCUUGUGUAUCAACAUCGAUAUUGGUCUGGGAGCUGGUCUCCUCGCCAGUUUGGGAGCUCUAUUCAUACGUUCGCAGAACCCAUACACCUGUCUUCUAGGAAAAGUGCUGGACACAGACUUGUACCUUGAUAUCAAGAGAUACAGAGCGGCGGAAGAACUCCCCGGCAUCAAAAUCUUCCACUACUGCGGUGGAUUAAACUUCGCUACGAAGAAUUUGUUCCAAAAGAAGCUGUUCCUCAAAAUUGGCUACAUGAAGCCCGCGGAGGUGGCUCACGAUGAGGACAACAACCUCACCAAGAGCGAGUCUUACGAGUGGGAUCCUAAUCUUAGUCAUAGGGUGCAAUGUGUGAUAAUAGAUGUAACGGCUUUGUCUUACGUGGACGGACCUGGCAUCAAGAGUCUAGUGGCGGCGCAAAAAGAAUUGGUUACCAACAACAUCACUGUUCUACUCGCAGGAGCUAACGGUCCAGUAUUAGAAAUGAUAGACAGGUACAACUCAAUAGAAACUGACAUACUACAGAUGGAGACGUUCCCAACAGUGCAUGACGCAGUGUUAUUCUACAAAUAUCUAGAAUCUAAGAAACAAGUCACCGUCACCGUCACCACGUGAGGCUGAAAAACCUUCCCUUAGGGAAUAAAGUAGUCAAAUGUAUACAAAAAAACCAAUGACAUAGACAUUCAGUAAUUUGACAUUGACAUUUAAAUUAUUUUGACAGUUGACAGAUGUCAGAUUACUGAGUGUAAUGUUAAGAGUUGAAUUAUAGUGAUUAUAUAGGUUGUAUAAUAGCGCAAGUGAAAUAGGUCAAUCACGUUCUUCUCCCUUUUUAUUUUUUAAAUUACCCUGGAAUUUUCUUUGUGAUUUUUUUCUGUAAAGUGCACAUUUUUUAUACCUAACUUAUAGUCUGUAUUGUAAGAAUAAGUUAUGGUUAUGGCUAGGCAGAAUGGGAAAAGAGAUUGAAUUAUUUGAAUCGCAAAAAGUCUUCAAAAAUAUUUGCAACUGAAUUUCCGAAUAAUUGUCACAAAUCACAUCGUAAUAUUCUACAAUUAACAACAUGACGAGGAAGUAAAAAAAUAAUUAAAAAAAAACUGUUCUUUUAAUGAGAUCUGUGCCAUUCUGCCAAGAUCCCUUUCAUAUUUUUACACCUGAUAACGCCAUUUUUUAUCUCGGUCCUUGUAAAUCUCCUAGAAUACCUAGUUCCUAUUGUAAAUCCAUUUAUGAAUAAGUAAAGUGCAGUAAGAAAUAUACAGGGUAAAUAUAAAAAUAAAAUAUAAUGAAUACUAGUAAUUAUGAAACUUUUUACACGCUUAUUAUGGAACUACUUAAUUAUGUAAUAAUUUUGUUAAAAAACAAUUGUUUUGAAAUGUAAACUGAAUUGGGGUUAUUUAUAUUUUUAAUAAUAAAUAUGGUGUACUUUAGAAGUGAAGCCAUUAAUGGGGGUUAUAUAUAUAUAUUAAAAUGUAAAAAGAAAUAAUGGAAAAUCAUUGAUGAGGGUUUAUAGGUAAACAAAAAAAUGGUCAAGAUCAAGAACGAUGUAAAACAUUUGGGAAAAAACCAUGUAUAAAAUAACUUUUGAACUUCUUAAAUGGCAAAUGAAUAAAGAAUUUGAAUUUUAUUAAGAUGGCAUUUCAUCAAUGAUUAGUUAAAUUGUAUAAACAUUAUAAGAACGAUCAACUAAAGCUGCCUACGGACUUUUUGUAGUCCCGUUAAAUGUCCACUAACAAAUAUAUAGAGGUAUAUAUAGGAAGCUAGUACUUAAAGUGCUAAUAAAAUGUAAGGGAGUGUUUGUUUCAUAAUGCCUAAUUGAGUUUUUAGCUUAACUGCAACUAUGCAGUUUUUACGGAACUGUAAGAAAUACCACACAACAAAAUUGUGUGGUAUUUCUGAACCUAUACGACCUUCAAACCUCGAACGUUUUCAUUGGGUACUUGCCAACUAGUCAAAUUCAAUACUUUUUUCGAUUUGUCAA